CGGGAAUCGGCAAUAGAGGAUAGUGGUUAUUCAAGUUUCAUACUUGGACGAAAUGACGACACCGCUAGGUAUGGCGUCGAAACUGGCGCCCUGGAUUUUGAUUGUGGCGUUUACGGGAAUAGUUGCUGGCCAAGAAGUCAUGAAGCUCAAUGCCACAUGCAGUCCACGGGCCAUGUUUGAUGCUUUUAUCAACACAAAUGAUAAUUCAAGACAAAAGAACAUCAUGAACAUAUGCGGGCCGGAUUUUUCCGUAUAUGUGGACGGACUGACUAACGACGGGCGGGAGUGGACGGCCGAAGCCAGCCUAACGCCCAUGGACCCGGCCACGGGGAACGAGGACACUACAAAUGCAGUGACCGGAUCUAGCCCAGUAAAAACCGUAACGGCAGGCGAGGUGAUAACGGACGUAAGGGCCUGGUUCGACGCGAUCCCGCCUCUACAGAUUUAUUUCCAACAACCAGCUUGUGAAAACAUAGUGGUAGUGGCGCGCCUCCGUCUGAUCGGAAGACUGUCCGGUAGAGACGACAAAGUGUACGAGACGGCAACAACUGCCCGCGUUUGGUGCGAUUUCUCAGAUAUUGACCUCCAUUUAGUACUUCCGGCCAGCGCCGAUCAGGUUACCUUCAUAGACGCGGUCGUUGGUAGUCCCGUUCCCUGGCCGCUGCCUGGCACCGAUACCAUUACAGCAGCCGUGACUGGUACCCUCAAGCCGCUAGCGAAUGACGGCUGUUACUUCGCAGUAGCGUUCCUCUCACCAUUGGGCGUAACUAUCCAAGAUGUGCCUCUCAUUCACUCCAAGUCCACAAUCCUUGGUGUCCAGUGUUUUAGUCCAGAUGACAUCAACACCGUGGAUUUCAAAACCAUGCUAGAAUCAUCACCCAUUCCAGAAGACGUUUGUGGAGAAUACAAUCUUACAUUGAUGUUGGAUGCUCUUAAUGUAGCGCACAAUGAAAUGCACCUAGAUAACAACUUCAUAUCGAUACCAAUUCGAGUUCCAUGUGCAGAAUUCAAUGGCACGAUGAACAAACCCCCGAGAUGUGAGGUGGUAAAUAACGGGUGGGGUGCGAAAGAUUCACGGAUGUUUUACAGGUCUCAGCAUGAAACGACAAUGUUUGCAGAGGAGACGGAAAACGGUGAUCAUUGGUUGGAAAAGCAUGACCAUGAACUUGAAGACAUAGAGAGGUUUGGAUACGGAGUGUUGAAAGUGCUGUCCGCAUACCUAAAUCAAACCAAGGUGCCGGAAUGUGUAAACGACAAUCAAGAUGUGAACUCGCUAUCGACGUUGCUGUCGGAUCUAGAAGGAGGAAACGGGGGUGCCACCCCCUUGGACACGGGUGCCAUUGGCAGUCUUCUCGAGGUGUUUUUGUCAGCGAAAACCACCAUCACUUCAGGAACACUUACAGAACAGACAAUAACUCAGGCUAUGAACAAUAAACAACAAGUGAUGGAAGACUCAACAAUGCCUUUUAUGGAGCAAAUAAGUAAGGCGAUUGAAAAGGCUUCCUACAACGCCACCAUUACUACCGCCUUGAUCGCUACAAAUAUGGAUACCGACGGUAACGUCAAGAGAAACGUGACGUCACACUUGGGAUGCGAUCUUCCUAUGAAAAUGGAAAUGUUCCUUUACCUGGAAGACGUGUUGAAAGAUUACAGCAGAUUUUCUAACUCGGACGAUAUGGAGGCUGAAUAUAUUAAAACGGAAAUAAAAGAAUUAGUUGGCAAUCUAACCAGAGGCACCCUCGCCGUCAGGUAUAUGUAUCCGGACUUCGACUGCUUGGAGAACAACUUCCUCCGGUUAUUGAUGUAUCUCAAAAAGCGCGUCCCCACUGACCAAGGCGGUGAAGGCCUCAGCGAAGAUCAGGUUGAGAAACCUAAGUGGAUGUUCAACGAGGAACAGAUGAGAAACACUCGUAUCCAUAGCGAAGGCGAUGAUAGCGCUUGGCGCAACGCAAAGAAUUGCUACGACGGCCGGGGCACCAGGUUGAACAACUGCUUUCGGAAGUUGAAGGCUUUGUGCUCGAAGUGUAGGGGCGACGAACAAGACCUCACGGCGAAAGACGUGUGCCCGAUGAUCGUAAUGAAAAAGUACGCAAUGGACCAUGCGACGGUGAUCGGCCUCCGCCAUCUUGAUAAAAUGUCGCUCCCGAAACCUUUCGAUGAAGACAGAAAAUGGUGUGAAGGCGAACCCUUGAUCUCCAAACGGGAGCCACUCCAGUUCUGGAAGAAAGCUCCGCUUCACCCGGAUGACCCCACCUCCCACUCGGUGCUGUUAAAGGGCCGUCUGUCCCCGGACAACCGGAAGAUAUGUUGGCGCAAGCGCGCCUUAUGCUCCUGCGAGACGUGCGAAACGCCGAUGAUGAGGCGCAGGAGGGGGGCGCGCCAGGCAGCACAGCGGAAGUAGAGCGCGAAAAUGAGUCAGAUAAAUGACGUCAUUGAAUACGAAUUUUAAAAACAAAACCAUAAUUUUACCAAUUAAAGCUGUACUCGUAUUCAAUUAAGAUUUUAAGAUACUAUGAGGAUUCAAUAACAUAUAACACGAAGGACGUAAAUAACAUUUAACACGAAGGACGUCAAUAACAUAUAACACGAAGGACGUCAAUAACAUAUAACAUGAAGGACGUCAAUAACAUAUAACACGAAGGACGUAAAUAACAUUUAACACGAAGGACGUCAAUAACAUAUAACACGAAGGACGUCAAUAACAUAUAACACGAAGGACGUCAAUAACAUAUAACAUGAAGGACGUCAAUAACAUAUAACACGAAGGACGUCAAUAACAUAUAACAUGAAGGACGUCAAUAACAUAUAACACGAAGGACGUCAAUAACAUAUAACAUGAAGGACGUCAAUAACAUAUAACAUGAAGGACGUCAAUAACAUAUAACACGAAGGACGUCAACAACAUAUAACAUGAAGGACGUCAAUAACAUAUAACAUGAAGGACGUCAAUAACAUAUAACAUGAAGGACGUCAAUAAAAUAUAUUUAUAAAGUAGCGUUGUUAAUGCUAAGUAGCUAAAUCUGUUAAACAUAAUGACAAAAAUAUGUACAAAAGGAACACGAGUCAGACUCAAACUGGAGAUAAAUAAUUAUAGAUUAAGAAUUUGAGAUUAUUGUAUCUUAAAAUGUUUUAUAUCGUUUGUUUUGAUCAACGAAAUCCAGCACUUUUAAAAAAAAACUUAUUCCAUACUCAAUUUACAAACAUGAACAUAUCUAACUAGUUUUAUGUUAUGAUGAUGUGAAAAAAUGCUUGUAAAAUAACGAUAAACUAUAAUCGAAAGCUAUUAUAUAAUUUUUUGAAUAUUUAUCAGAGAAGAGUUUUUGUUUUUUAUUUUGCAGAAAAGCGUAAGUAACGCUAUCAAAAAUUGAUGACGUGAGCAUAUAAUUCUGUUCUUAUGAGUAUGUUUCAAAAAAAGUUUUAACAAAAUCGAUGUCGAUAUAAAAUCUCUGAGCGAGUCACUUCAUCGUAUAGAAUUUUCCUUUUUAGAUGUUGGUCUACAAUGAUUUUGUACGAUACGGGGGUUGGAUCUUAUGAACUUGGAGCUUUUACUCCUCUAAUAAAUACAUGUGAAAUUGUAAUUAAUAUCCGCAACUAAAACAUGCAAUUAUAUUAUGCGUAAUAAGGCCAACAUUUAAGUCGAUUUGGACUAUUUUAAAAAAUGUCUAUACUUGAUCAUGGUGACACAUUAUCAAUUCACUGAUCGUACGAUCAUGGUGUCAUCUUAUCAACGCACUGAUCGUACGAUCAUGGUGCCAUCUAAUGAACUCACUGAUCGUACGAUCAUGGUGCCAUCUUAUCAACGCACUGCUCGUACGAUCAUGGUGCCAUCUUAUCAACGCACUGCUCGUACGAUCAUGGUGCCAUCGUAUGAACUCACUGAUCGUACGAUCGUGGUGCCAUCUUAUAAACGCACUGAUCGCACGACCAUGGUGCCAUUUUAUGAACGCACUAAUACUUCUUAGAAGUUAUAAAAUCUUUUUACCAAACUAAAAGCUUUAUUGUGAAUUAGUUUUCGGAUUUUUUUCUUGAUUUUUACGAUAUUGCGUCGAACAAUUGUUGAUAAGAUGUUUAUGUAUUAUCAAGGUGUAGCGUGCAAUCAUUUUCUUACUAUGUACAUGUAUUUUAUCCUUCCUUAUAAUAGUAGAUUUUUCUAACAACAACGUUUUAGGAAACAUAACACUAGUGACUGAUAUAUUUGAAUGUGAUAGACUGAAACUGUUUACGCUUUUUUUGACUCGCUAUUGAAAGCGAUCAACUGGAUUUUUUAUCUUCAGAUCAUAUUUGGUCGUACGCUCGAUGAAAAAAACGUUCUUUAAUACCUUAAAAGAAUAAUUUUCAAUAUCUAUAAGAUGUCUUUUUUUAAAUGUUGUUUAAGAUUAAAAGUGUAAGUUCAUUGAUUGUUUUUAUUGUAACUGUGUAUUAAAACUGCUCUCCAUAUUGCCUUAUUAUGUAAUUUUGGUUGUCUAAGACCAGUGAUUUGUGUGCAUUUUAUUGUUUUGAUGAAAGAAACUGUUUUGAGAAUUGGUAUAGUAAAUCAAGUAUAUAUAUUUUUAUGACAAACUUAGCUAAAAGCCAUAUCAACAAUAAUAUUUGUUAUCACUAGUUUAACAUAGUUGUUUUGUAUAUAAUAUUUGUUAAAUUUGUUUAUCAAAUAUGAAGAAAAAGAUGUUUGCGUUCGAACGUAGAAUCUAUUAUUUGAAUAUGCAAACUAGACUUCAGAUAACCAGUGGACAACUAUUCCAAGCCUUAUACAAUUGGAUGCUAGUAUUUUGUUUGCAUUCUUUACUAAGCUUAUACUUCUUGUUUGUUUUAAAUAAAUUUUAUCUUUUAA